UACGGAAAGAGCCGAAGAUGUCGGCUCGAUCAUGUGAUCAGCUGUGUCCAAUCACAGCUGAUCACUGAUCAUCAGGGCACUGAUGAUCAGUGUGCCCUGACGAUCAGUGUGGCCCCUGAAGUGCCACCAGUCAGUGUCCAUCAGUGCCAGCUGUCAGUGCUAAACAGUGCCACGUGCCAGUGCCCAUCAGUGCCACAUCAAUGCCACAUAUCAGUGCCUACCAGUGCACAUCAAUACCACAUAUCAGUGCCCAUCUGAGCUGCCUUUCAGUGUCACCCAUCAGUGCCAGUCAGUGCCACCUAUCAAUGCCAAUCAGUG